AUGGAAAGAACCGACUCUACCGCCAAACUUGUCGACAGUGAUCACCUGGGCCUUUUGAGCGACCAGCCUGAGUCUGAAGGAUUCUCCUCUGGCUACGACUCGGCCGAUACAUUGGACUCCGAAUCAUCUCCCCCACACGACAACGACCACAACAAAGAUGUCGACGACGGAUUGGGCUUGGAAUGCGACAACAUCAGCAGUGAUCACGUGAAGUACCAGAACACCAGCGCCCUCUGUGAACACCUGAAGUACAUCUUAUCCAUGCCAGAACUUUGUGACGUCACAUUUCUCGUAGGGCCAACUAAAGUCCCCGUCCAUGGAGUGAAGGCUAUUCUAUCAACUCGUAGCAG